AUGAUCUGCUGGUUCUCCAUUCUUCCCGCCGUUGUGUUGAAAUCACGUGUACAAAUAGGUAACUCAUUGAAACGCACAUACGUAUUCGUGUGCGUCCACGAGUCGAACGUUUCGCCCGAAGUUUUGUUAUCAUGGAACGUCCGCAAGUGUUUUUGUUUGAGCGUUCUUCCUCCGUUCACCUGCUAGUUCUUGCAUAUGGGCCUACGUUGUUCUGUGCUCAUUUGGAGGACAGGCAAGACUCAGUGAGUCAACCGGGCUCUGUAAUUUUCUAGGGAAGCUUUUUCUUUGCUCUUCCGUUGACGGAAAGAAGUUUCAACAACAUUACGGCAUAUCGUGCGUUUAUCUUCAAAUUGAAUUGUGGAUAUUGAAUAAGUAAUGGCAGACCUUACGACAUAUCGUUAAAAUUUCGUCCUGGUUAUAACGGGGUCGUAAUUAUGAACGGACCCUGGCUACAAUUGUAGGUAUGUUCAGUGAAACGUUUUAGAAUUCCUUUUUUGUAACCAGCCUCGUUAUGCUCUUUCCUCAAGACUUAUCUUCUUUCGUUGUUCUUUGCCCUUUGUUAAACUUAACAGUUUUUCUUCCUUUGCAAGUCUUGUCUUUUAUCUUAAAGUGAAACAAUUGUCCCUUGCACAAACUCUUUAGAGACUCCCUGUUUGCAGAGAAUGUUAUAGACUUAUAUUUAUUCUUCCUCCGUGGUUGAUUUUCUUCCUCGACCAUUCUUUUUUAGCUCCCGAAGGAAAGUAUCCUAGAGGCGUAAGAGAUGCAUUUAUAGCACUAGUAAGUUUGCUGUGUACAGGCCGUGGCUGAUUUGUUGAUCACUUGAGAACAUUUAUAACAUUUUGACGUCACUCUUAUAAGCUAUGGUAGUGUAGUCAAUAUAGAAAAUUGUGGUCAAUUUGUUGCUUGUUUGUUUGCUUGUCUGGAACCACAACGACGACAACGUGAAAAAAGAAAACAAUUGGUUUUAAGAGCAAAACAACAGCUCUGCACGUGCAACAUCCUUUGAUUCACACUUCUCAAACUCAUUAAUAAUUCAUUAAGAAAAUACAAAGGAAAAACAAUGUUCAAUGAGUGUUUGGAAAUCAGAUGAAAAACUGCUCAUUUUUGCAUCCUUAAUUUCUCUUUCUAAAAUCAUUUUGUUUGAAAAGUAAUAUCAAGCAUUCGACUCUGUUUCAUCAUCAGAUCAAAAACAGUGUUUCCUCACCAGAUGGUCAAAAAACUCCGCUGCGCGUCGUAUUUUCAACUCUCUUCUCGGUGUUUCAUCUGGUGAUGAAACACUGCAUCUCAUGCUUGAUAUAUUACCUCUUUGACGUCCAGUGUGCGACAGGACGUGAAACUUGAAAUGGAGGACGUGAAAACACGACGACGAAUUCUCCUUUAUCUUUUAACCCUGCAUACAGUCGCAUUCGACAAAAUAAGAGGGUCUUGAUAGACUCGAUAAAGUUUGAAAGAAGGCAUAUUCACUUUUUUUUCUUUCUUUUUUUUUUUUUUUUUUUUUUCUUUUUUUUUCUUUUUCACUGCCGUCGUCGUCGUUUCCUAAGCUCCCUUGUAAACCUGAGCACAUGGGGGGAACAGCGCCUUACUCUAUUGCAAAUACUCUUUUAUAUAAUAAAGUCAGUAAUUCAUGCAUUUUGAUUGGUCCUUUCUUAUGAUCUAUUAGAGGACAGAUGCACGAUUGACGUCAUCAGCCGAAGGAAAAAAAUUGUCUUUUUUCAAAAUGGCGGACAAUUUUGAAACUUUGGAAAAUAUUUUGCCGGACUGGGCGAACGAGGAGAUAGAAAUAACUCUUGUCGAGGCAGUUGAUAAAUUCCAAAAGGAAGAAGAAGAAAAGACACGUUUCUACGUGGAGAAUGACUUGGAAAAAAUUCUGGAGCAAUCUCAGUCGCUCGCGACAAAACGAAACACAAAAUGGGUCGUAAAAUUAUUUCAAGGUAACAAACUAUUUUUUGGCUUCGCAUUUAAGUAACACAAAAAGCAGAAAUUUAAAGAAAUUGAUUUAUUAGACAAUCUCAGCAUUAUACAGUCUCAAAAUAAUUGUUUACACAGAUUGGUGUCAAGCAAGAAGCAUCACAACACCUCUCCUUAAAAUGAAUACAACAGAAUUAGACUUAAACCUAGCAAGGUUUUACGUGGAAGCGAGAACGAAAAAAGGUGAAGAAUACAGUCGCUCAGCACUUCUUGGUUUUCGGAAUUCAGUUGAAAGAUACCUAAACAACAAUGGCCGUACAGUGAAAAUUUCAAGGAACCAAGUGUGUCAAAAGAGUAACAAAAUUCUGGACGCGAAGCUACGAAUCAACCGCCGCGCCGGCAAGGGAAACGUUCAACAUAAACCAGUUAUCGUACCUUCAGACCUCGCAAAGAUAAGAGCCAGCCCUUUCCUCAGUGUCACAAAUCCAGCCGCAUUGCUAAGGAGAACUUGGUUUUACGUUUCUCUGUACUGGUGCAGGCGUGGAAGGGAGGUACAGCGAGAUCUUCGCCGCGACAGUUUCAAAUUCACCAAAGAUGCAAACGGCCGCGAGUACGCAGUUAUGACCCACGAAGAAGCUACAAAAAACCAUCCUGGUGGUGAAACCAGCAAGCCCUCAGCGAGAAACAAGGCUUUAUAGCACUGGAGCAGACGAUGAUGCAUUGCCAGUCUCAAAUUGUAGGUGUCUAAGUUGAAUCCCUCCUGCCCAGGGUUCUUUCAAAAACCAAAAGCCAGAUUCACCACAGAAGACAUCGUGUGGUAUGAAAACAGCCCACUUGACGUGAACAAGCUGGGAGACAUGAUGAAGAUCAUAUCCAAAGGAGCGAAUCUCUCUCAAGUGUACACCAAUCAUUCCGUCCGGGCUUCAGCAAUAACCGUGCUUUCCGAUGCGAAUGUCAGGGCACCCAACGACAAUUUUCGGAAGAAUAUCUGUUCGGAAGACGAUUUGAGAUCUAGAAUUUUCGGAACAUUUGCUGUAAAAUUUCUUGCUUGCCUACCUCUCCUAGGAUUUUCGAACAUCAAAAAAAUGGUAUAAUUGCCUAUUUUUAACUGAUUUUUACCCCAAAAAGGUCACCUAGAAUUUUCGGGAGCCUUUUUUCUGGCUGAAAUUUUCGAAAAGGUAAAUUUUGAUCGCUAAAAUUUUUGGAUCACUAGACUUUCAGCUAGGAAAUCCGAACAGAUGAAAAAUUUUUAGGGGAUAAAAAUAUGCCUAUAUCUACCGUUUAAAUACUAAAAUACGCUUAACAGUGCUAUGUUUAAGUGGUUUUGAACUAUAUUCUCGUUGGGUGCCCCUGGAAUGUACCCGACCGCCAUAUAAUGUUCGUCUCCGGGCGUAGCAGCGAGCAAAGCAUCUCACACUACAGCGCCAGGCCAUCGGCACCUCAGCUGGAAAGUGUAUCCGACACAAUCUCCAAUGCUCUUCAGUACAACCAAACUCAAAGUACACAAAUUUCUACCGUUUCCAGCACUCCAUCAGCUACACCAUUAAUUGAAAGCUUGAAUCGCAUGGCUUCCAGUGUGUCAAUGUCGUCCGCAUCAGCAAGCUUCCCGAGCGGUUUUUUCAACAACUGCAAUAUUCAAGGCCGUGUGCAAGUGUUCUUCGGGCUUCAGAGCCGCUCUGAUGGGCAUAACUGACUAGGUUUUAGCAGUAUUUUGCAACACAUUUCAAGAUUUCCGAAUCGAAUUUGAGCUUUCGCUGUGAUGUUUUGUUCCACGAAAGGCGAACUUCUCGAUUAAGUUUUGACAGUGGCGUUAUUUCCUUAGCCAAUCACAAUUCGUUGCUGCACCCAGCAACCAAUCAGUUUGCUCCAUUUUGUAUAGAUAACAAAUGACGUCAAAUCACUUUCUUCGCGGUCGGAAAAACCCAUCACGGCCGUGCUUUGUAUCUUCUUUCGAAAUAAAAACGCUUUUAUUUAUUUUUGUUGUUUUAUUAUAUAAAACAAAUAGAUUCCAUUUGGCCGUGCGUCUGUUCAGUUAUAGAUCACAGACCCACUCGCCUAUCGGCUCGUGGGCCACUUUUCUGUUCUUACCACAUUUUGACGUCAUCUGUGAUCUAAAACUGAACGGACGCACGGCCAAAUGGAAUCUAUUUGUUAAAUAGAAAGUGACUCUCCACUAAGGAGUGCUCUUGAAUUUGUUCAGGUGUUGUAGAACACUAAAUUUGACACAUAAUGAGUUGCGGUAAAAUCUGUAUUUUGGGCUAACUUGGUUAUUUAAUCAUUUUCUAGGUUAGAAAUGAAAGCUUCGCUAGUCUAUAUAAGGGACUAACUCCGGUGUUGAUGCGUGCUUUUGCAGUCAACGGGGUAAGUAAAGAGAGGAAAUGGAGAGUAGUGCGAAAAGCAAAUAGGAAGAAAAAAAGGACUAUUCCAUCUUCCUCUUCACGCCAACGCCACUUUCUGACCUCUUUGAGGCUUGAAAUCCCCCAUGUUUGAACUGCGAGAACUACUGGCAUCGGCUUACGGUCUCAGAGAAAGAAGGAAAAAGAAACACUGUCCUGAAUGAAUCUGAUUUUAUUUGGCGUGGUUUUGACUUGGACGUCAAGACGUCCAUGGUGAACCGUCAUAGCCUCUUACGCAGACACCCCAUGGUGAACCGUCAUAGCCUCUUACGCAGACACCCCCGGUGGAUAAGUCUUUGGGAAACCAAUUUGCCACUUUAAGAACGAGAAGGAAGCUGAGUUAACUUUCGCAAAGACUUCUGGUACUGUUAUUAAGGACAGGGAAAAAUUGUAUAAUAGCUGACCGGCGUGUUCCCAGUAAUGAUCCCACAAACACUUGCGGUACGUAUUUCGGUUCCAGUUCCCUUCUCGUUAAAAAGUGACGAAUUACGCUAUCCACGUUUUCGACAUCUCGGGUCUGGGAGAUUAAUUUGGAAGAAGAAAUAAAUCACUAGAAAAAUCAGAAAAAAUUCCCACCCCCUCAGUUGAGAAUAGAAUUCAUGAACCUUCGAGUCCUAGAUCAGAUUCUCUAACCAUUGAGCCAAAACCUCUAUAUUAAACAUUAGCAUUUGACUUGUAAGACUGAUCCUAAAUCGGAUUUCUGUGGACCAACGGUGAUUUACAACUCGCCAGCGAUUCACUAAAACAAGACUAAACAAGGGAUUGUUUAAAAAAUGCAUCUUUCCUCGUGUUUUAAAGUAAAACUAUUCUCUGCUUCCUGGUAAUCCUGGUGAUUUCUAUUUUUAGGGUGUUUUCUUUGGUUAUGAAGUGGCCUUAAUUGAAGUUAUUUAA